AUGUGUAGGUUUCUGAUAUUCAAAGGCAAAGAACCCACUCUGUUGUCGCAUUUAUUGACAAGACCCGCACAUUCCAUUAUCAAUCAAUCAUUCGAUAGUCGGCUACGUCUGGAUAGAAGACGUCCCAUGAACGGUGAUGGAUUCGGAGUCGCAUAUUAUUCACUGGAUGAGGAACUAGGUCUUGAUGGACCAUGUCUGUACAAGGCUAUCACACCUGCUUGGAACAAUCAAAACUUGGGAACUUUAGCAGAAAAAACCAAAUCAGACCUAGUAUUCGCCCAUGUGAGAGCUUCGACCCAUGGAGCUCUAUCUGAGACAAACUGCCAUCCAUUUACGUACCACUCGCUUUGUUUUAUGCAUAAUGGUGGUAUUUCCAAUUUCAAGAGGAUCAAGAGAAAAUUGUUAAGCCACAUAGAAGACGAAUAUUUGAAUUUUAUACAAGGUAGCACUGACUCUGAAUGUGCAUUUGCAUUGUUUUUAGACUCCCUAGAGAAAGAAGGUUGUAAUCCAAGGGACAAGACUGGGAAUUUCCCACACCAGGCCAUUAGAAACGCCUUGCUCAAGACCAUCGGUUACAUCAGAGAUUGGACCAAAGAGGCCAACCGAGACGAAGAGCAUGCUGAACCCUCUUUACUAAAUUUUGCAGUUACAGAUGGAUCAACAGUUGUUGUAUCGCGUUACAUCACUUCCAAGACCGAUGAAGCCGCUUCCCUACAUUUCAGUUGCGGUUCCAGUUUUGUUGAGAGUUCACCAGGCGAGUACAGAAUGGAAAGACUUAACAGAAGCCAAGAUGUUAUUAUGGUUGCAUCUGAACCACUUACUUUCGAACGUGGAGACUGGAUCACUGUCCCCACAAACAGUUUACUCACAAUCAAGAGGCAAACGGUACUAAUCCACCCCAUCGUCGACGAGUACUACCAAACUGAUCCACUCUACUUAAGAAGCUCUAAACUCGCGGAAAGCAAAGGUCUCAUUGGAUCGGUCCCACUGGCCAAAGCUGUGGAACGUAACGUUCCACCACUUGAAAGAGAAGGCCGUUCAAGACCGGUUAGUGCCACAGCACGUCUUUCAUAG